AUGUUUUACUAUUUGAUUCGUUUGAGCACCCAGCUCGCUUUUCUCUUUUCGAUCCUUGCCAUCCAAGUGGUCAGAACCUUGCCUGCAGAAUCGGCUUCCGCAAGUACCUUCGAGAUCAGCUUCGAAAGGAUAGCUGGAAGGUCAACAUGGUGGGUUCGAAGGGUGAAGGUACUAUCUGACUCUGAAUUCUGUAGGGCCGACAACAAUUUUGAGGCUGUCCCUGGCUAUACCGUGGAUCAGAUCCACAACAUUUCGCAUCUCUCUACGCCAUUCAAGCCGAACAUCGUUCUCAUAAAUGCAGGUGUGAAUGACUGUGAAAACGGAAUCGACAUCCCAAACAUUGGGUCUCGCCUGGCCAGCCUCCUUGACGAUCUGUUCAAAGAAAUUUCAGGUACAACACUUGUUGUCUCUACCUUAAUUCCUGGAACCGACCCUGAUGUUGAGAGAUACCGGGCGGAGGCCAACCGACAGUACCGCGUGCUCAUCAACGAUCGUCGAGCUCGGGGACAAAACAUUGUCCUAGCUGAAAUGGACGGCACAGCCGGAUACUUCGAUACCCGAGUGGGGGACGGUGAUUACUUUGAUGAGACUCAUCCUAACGACAAAGGUUACGCAAAGAUGGCGGCCAUAUGGAGAAAGGCGAUUAAGGUUGCCGAAUAUGAGGGCAAGCUCACUCCACCUGCUACUACUCCUGGCGUUGACGAUGAGGGUUCUAGCGACGACCCAGAUACACUCACAAGCCCUCCUCUACCAACUCCACCAUAG